AUGUCCUCCUGGCCUCCCAAACUCACGCGAGAUUCUGACCUCUGGUCCGAUUUCUCAGAUAAAACGCCCUACCCUUCGGUCGCUCGUACAAGCUUCAAUUCCAUGUCCUUGUCGGGAAAGUACUCUUUAACAAUCGAUCCAAGAGACUGGGAAACACUAGAAAGCGACCUCGAGGAGGACGAAAAGACGGGGACCCGUGGUCUCAGAAGCCUGGCGUACAAUCCCCUAUCCCUACGAGGAUUAGGGAAUGUGGCAUCGUUGAGUAUUCUGCUGGGAGGGUUGAUUGCACUUUUCGUUGGAUACCCAGUGAUAUCCGCUAUCAACAGUCGCGAAAUAUCAACCCUCGGCGGGUUCAACCUAGGAGGCAUCAACGCGUCUGGACAGGUCCCUGCCAUGGGAGGACAUGGUCUCAUCGACAGCGAUACACCGAGAUCAGCUUAUGUCCUAAGGUCCUGGGACAAUCCCUCCCAAGAGAUGCAACUAGUUUUCUCGGACGAAUUCAACACGGACAACCGCUCGUUCUAUCCAGGAGAUGAUCCCUACUGGGAGGCUGUUGACCUCCAUUACUGGGCAACGGGAAACUUGGAAUGGUACGACCCAGCAGCAGUCACGACGCAGGACGGGUCCCUUGUCAUCACCCUCGACCAGAAGCAUACCCAUGGUAUGGAUUACCAAGGUGGACUGAUAUCUUCCUGGCAAGUAGCUACUCCUCCCCCCUCCCCCUGUUCUAACAUUAACUACAGGAACAAAUUCUGCUUCACGGGCGGCUACAUCGAAACAUCCGUUAUGCUUCCAGGAGCGAACAACAUCCUUGGGCUGUGGCCUGCAAUAUGGACGAUGGGCAACCUGGGCCGUGCGGGAUAUGGCGCGUCCCUUGAAGGAGUCAUCGACCGAAACACACUUGUUGCCGGCGUCUCGCAAUCUGCUCAGUGGGCACCGUUUGACGAUCAAUAUACUUGGGACUCGUCCCCCGAGAACAUGAUCAUUCCGGACCCGUCCAUCUCCACACUCAAUACCUUUGUCGGGGGCGCAACGCAACAAGCCACGUCCGUCAUAACGAGGACAAAUCCUAACUGCUACGAAGAUAACGGGGGCUGCUAUUCCGUUUAUGGAUUCGAGUAUAAACCAGGAUUUGAUGACGCCUACAUCACAUGGAUCUCUGACGGAGCCGUCGCUUGGACGCUAAAAGCGGGUGGAGUAGGUCCGGAUCCGACAGUGCAGAUCUCAGGUCGGCCUGUUUCUCAGGAGCCAAUGUACAUUAUCAUGAAUCUCGGAAUGUCGAGGAGCUUCGGACCAGUCGACAUCGCACACCUACCUUUCCCUGUACAAAUGAAGAUCGACUAUGUCCGAGUAUACCAACCUGCGAACGCUAUCAAUAUUGGAUGCGAUCCUAAAGACUUCCCCACAAAGUCGUACAUAGAUCAGUACGUGUUUUCUUCAUUCCUUUCUGGCCAAGGUGCUCUGGGUGGAUGGGAACUGACAUUUUGA